AUGUUAUUAUAGAAUUUAAUAGAUUUAGUUGGUGACACAAUCAUAUCAUUAAAGCCAUAUGUCAAUCAAUUGACAGGCGCCUGGUUGAAUAGUUUCGUAUUUAUAGAAUAGGAUAAUACAUCUGUUGAUAUCUUUUAUUAUAUAGGACAACCAACUGAGAAUAACAAAGUUCCUUAAUUUGACAACUACAUAUCUGUGCAAAAAAGAGAUGCCAAUUUUAGAUGUUCUGACGUUGACUUUCUUUCUCAAACUAAAUUUAUAGUUGAUUGUAAAAACUUAGAUAAAAAUUACUUCGUCGAAGUGGAUACAACAGAGAAGGUAACAUUUAUUGAAAACAUUUAAAAAUUUGAUGCGCCAUCAAUUCGAUAAUUAUUGGUGCAUACUUUUGAAUACGUCACAGGCUCAUAAUAGUUUAUCAUAAGAGGUCAAUACUAGGAAGGUAAAGGGUCCCUUGUGGAAGUUUUUCAAGUCAAAGAUGGUAAUAUUACUGUAGAGCCAUGGUUGACACUUGACUCUGAAAGUUUGGCAAUAUUAUUAAAUUAAUAGUAAACCUUUAAUUUUGUACUUCUCGAUAUGCAAGUAGAACCUAACGGAGACCUAUUUAUUUUGGACUCCUUCAACGGAAUCUACGUCCUCAAGAUCUUAUAGUCUCAGAAGUGGUUAGUUAAAGAAUGGUCUAGAUUGAAUUUUGGAGAGUAGAUCUAUGCCUUCGAUUUUAAUUACUUAUUCACUUAAGAUGGUUAAAUUGCUUAGUUGGCAUUGGUCUAUGAGGAUAGAAUUUAAUAUUUUUAAAACAAUGAACCAAAAGGCUUAUUGCAAUUACCUGGAAAAGUAUAAGGUGUUAACAUUCAAAUUGAAAUCAGUUAAAAAUAUAUAGUGUUGAAAUAUCAAGAAAAAAUAUUCAUUUAUGAUUAGAAAUAGUUGCUCUACUCCUUUUUUGAGGAUGUUGUCGAUAUUAUUAUUAUUAAUCCUUAUGAACCUGAUCUGAUUGGAGUCAACUUUGUAUCAACUCAUAGAUUUUUAAUUAAUGAUGGAAUUCUUAGACUGUAAAAAUAAGAUUCCAAAACAGAUUAAUUGUAUCAAACCAAAAUACUCGCACAAUCAAAAUCAGGUAAUCAAUGCAGUAUUGAUUUAAAAAUUCAAAUAGUAUAUUCAACUGACACACAACUUUACGAAACAGGAUUUAAUGCUCUUCCUUCAGCACUUACUAUACCUUCUGAUCCUUUUAAUGUUGAUCUAUUGGCAAUAGGACCAGACAUAUCCUAUACGCCAGUGGAUGCCACUACCUCUGACAGUAUUGUCAUUGACAUUCAAGAGAUGUGGAAAUUAAAUAUUAAAAUUCAAUAAGAACAUGUAGUUUUCACUGAUAUUUAAGUGAUAGAUGUGGACAAAUUUUAACUUUUAUAAUAAUUGGAAUCAAAGGAAGCUUAUAUCUAUGAAUGCUAGCAUGAUCAAUUAAAAAAUGUUGAAGCCGAAUGCAAUUUACUCAAAUAAGUUGCCUUCUAAAGCAUACUUACUAAAACAACAUUUCAUUGGUGGUUUGAGACUAAGAAGAUAUUCUUUGUUAUUUAAGAAUCAGAAAAGUAAAUCCAUUUAUAUGGUUUUGAUAAAGAAAGCAAAUCAUUUGCUGAGUAUGAUAAGCUUACUUUAGAGGAGAAGAUAUAAUCAUUCAAUGUACUUUAUAAUAAAAUGUUUGUAGUGAUUCAAAAUAAGAUUUUAGUUUAUGAUUAAUUUAUCCCUUUUAAUUUAGCUUAUACUAUUUCUGAUAUUGUGUAACCUCUUAAUGUUUUUGGAAAUAGAUUAAUUGAUUUAAUCUUUAUCCAAACUUCAAGUUAAGUAAUCAUUGGCAAUCUCGCUCUUUUAUCAAAUGGUGGAGCCUUCACUACAAUUCAAACAAUAACCACACUCCCAGAUUCAUAGAUUAAAAUUGCUAUUGGUAAACACUAUUUUUACUUAUUAUAAAAAACUGCAACGGAUUUUCGAAUAGAUGAAUACAAUUACAAACACUUAUAAGUUAUCUACAGAACCAAGACUCUCCCAUUAUAUAAUUAUAAAUUGCAAGAUUCCAUUGUAGCUGAUUCUUGUGAGGAAUCUGGAUGGCUUUUUGUGAGAGGUUAAGAUGAUAAAUAAACUGUGAUUUUAAUUUAUGAGCCCGGAGUCUUGUCUCAUUAAUCAUUAAAAAAAGUAAUAAAACUUGAAGGUAAAGUUGAUACAACAGUAGAAGUAGAUGGAGGACUUUAAAUGUUUUUGCAUUUUUAAUAAAAAGUCUAUUCAGUUUUAUAAGAUUCCUUAUUCUCAGUAUAGAGUAAGAUACAUUCAGAUAACUAUUUGAAUAAGGUAGUGACUGGUGUAAAGGCAUCCAACGAUUAUUCAAGCAAGAAUAUUUACAAAUAAAUAUCUGUUUUGGACACUCACAGUCAACCUAUAUUCGAAAACCCUCAAAAUUAGAGCUUCAAAGUGAAAAAAGACAGUGAAUCUGCAUCUCUGAUGAUAGAUACCAAACUCUAUACAGGUCAGAUAACUCAGAUAUCAAUUGAUUGCAAAUCAUGUUCAUAGGCAAAAUUAUAGCCAUAGAUACGAAGCGUUAGUGAUGGUCUGAAUUUAUUCUAUAAUUUCAUUGAUGGAUUGAUCUAUGAUGCUCAUUAUGGAGUUUUCUUAACUUCCAAGCAAUUAGUGUUUGCCAAAAGAGAUGGAUAAUUUGAAAAGGUAUUCACCUUGGGUCUUUCGAUUUUGGAAUAAACAGAUGGAUUAUAUAUUUCUGAAGAUCGAAAGUACCUUGUUGUUUCAGUCCUUGCGGCAACUCCGUAAAUCUUAAUUGUAGAUUGCGGUACUAAUUUGGAAUGUACUGUUGUUUCAAAAAUUACAGUUCCUAAUACAAAAAGAAUCAGUGGUGUCUAAUUAUUCAAUAACAAUCAUUUAUUUAUUUUAGAUAGCAAUCCCCAAGAUUUGACAUAGUUUGAAUCUUCAAUUCAGGCAUUUUACAUAAAUGCUGAUAAAACUUUAACUCUAUCAAGAAGCAUCAAUGCGCAACUAUUAAAUUUAAAUUCAUUGAAAAUUGCAAGUUUCUAAGUGAUUAAACACAAUUAGUUUUACACCGUAUUUUUCACAGAUCUAAAUUUUGGUUUAAGAAUAAAUCACUUCAAAUUGUUAGAUUUUAGUUAUAUACCUAAUAUAGAACAUUUUGAAUUAAGAAAUUAUUAGAAUGAUCAAUUUUAUGUGCAUGAGAAUACAGAAUUCUAAACUAUUAAGUUGAUCUCAUCUGAGAUGUAAGGAACUCUAUAAACAUUCAAUUUGUUGAUUCAAACUAACAAUGUUGCAUAAUAUGUCUUUGGCAUUCCUUUUGAGAUUGGGAAUCUUCCAGAUUUAAUAUUGGAUAAAAUUAAAUUAAAAUUUGUGUUGACUCCCUUUGGAUCAUGGACAAGUGUAAAUAAGGUUGCAACUUAUCUGAAUUAUGUCUUAGUACCUUAUAGAAAAGGUCAAGAUGCAAUAUUAGUGAUGUACGAAUUAGUUGACAGUAAUGUUACUAAGACUAUUACUAGUCAUUAUGCCUUAUAUGAGAAUUAUAAGGGUACUCUAUCAAAUUAAAUUGUAUUGACGGUUGAAGUAGAAGAUAAUAGCACAUAUUUCUUUGCAAAUUUAAAAUAUGAUGAGACAAGAGGCAUCCAUAAUUUAAUAAAAUAUCAAUAUCAAUAAAAUUCCAUAAUCAAUUUUGAGAGUCUUACAUCAGUCGAAGAGUAGCCAAUUACAAUCACUGUUAGUAAUUAUUAUGGAAAGGCCUCAGGAGUAGUGAAUUUAGUUUAUGUAGAUGAUAAUGAUGAUGAUGAUGAUGAAUCGGAUCACUCUUGGAUUUGGAUUUUAGUUGGAGUCUUGGGUGGCAUUAUCAUACUUUUGGUUACAUUGUGUUUAUUAUUAUAUUUCUGGAAUCGUAGAAAUAAAAAAUCUGUCGCUUUAUUAGAAUGA